GCUGAAAUCGGCGCGCGCGCGCGUGAAGCUUGCGGCAAAGGGCAGAGGAGGACCCGCGGUGGCACAGCGAGAGGGAUACAGAAAUAGAGAGUUACAGACACAGCAACAGAGACAACUACAGAGACAACUACAGAUACAACUACAGAUACAGCUGUAGAGACAGCUACAGAGACAACUACAGAGACAACUACAGAUACAGCAACAGAGACAGCUACAGAGACAACUACAGCGACAGCUACAGAGAGAGACAGCUACAGAGACAGCUGUAGUGAGACAGCUACAGAUACAGCUGUAGAGACAACUAUAGAGACAACUACAGAGACAGCAACAGAGACAGCAACAGAGACAGCUACAGAGACAACUACAGAGACAGCAACAGAGACAGCUACAGAGACAACUACAGAGACAACUACAGAGACAGCAACAGAGACAGCUACAGAGACAACUACAGAGACAACUACAGAUACAGCUGUAGAGACAGCUACAGAGACAACUACAGAGACAACUACAGAUACAGCAACAGAGACAGCUACAGAGACAACUACAGCGACAGCUACAGAGAGAGACAGCUACAGAGACAGCUGUAGUGAGACAGCUACAGAUACAGCUGUAGAGACAACUAUAGAGACAACUACAGAGACAGCAACAGAUACAGCUACAGAGAGACAGCUACAGAGACAACUACAGAGACAGCAACAGAGACAGCUACAGAGACAACUACAGAGACAACUACAGAGACAGCAACAGAGACAGCUACAGAGAGACAGCUACAGAGACAACUACAGAGAAACAGCUACAGAUAUAGCUGUAGAGACAACUACAGAGACAGCAACAGAUACAGCUAUAGAGAGUUACAGAGACAACUACAGAGAUUUACAGAGACCGCAAUAGGGAGACAGCUACAGUGAGACAGCUACAGGGAGACAGUUACAGAGACAACUGCAGAGAGACGGCUACAGAGAGAGAGAGAGAGAGAUCCAUACACGCAGAUACUGGGGUCUCCAUUCCACGUUAUGGUGGCCGAGUGCCGGCGAUUCGUAGUGGGGAGACAUGAGGGACUGGGGUGGAGGAGAGGAGGAGGAGGAGGAUGUACCCGUGACUGUGGCACAAUAUGGGGCCCUCAUUGAUGGGGUUAAUGGAUCAGUGAGGGAUGGGAGGUGUGAGUCAUGGAGGGAUGGGGUGGCCGUGGUGAUGGCCACGGAACAGGAGGUAGAAGAGAAGAAUGAGGAGGAGCAGAAGAAGAAGGAGGAGGGGGUGAUACUGGGAGAUGCUAAGGAGGAAGACGGGGUGCCGCCACCCGCCCCCAAGCCGUGCUGCCCUGGUCUGGGCCUGCUGCUCGCGCUGCUCUCGUCACUGAUCUUUUCAGUGAUCUCGGCGCUAGUGAAGCUCGUGGACCCCGUGCACCCACUCACCGUGGCAGCGUGCCGCUGCUUCUUCCAAGCCGUCUUCAUCCUCCCGGCGCUCCUCUACACGGGGCAGCCCCUGCUGGGCCCCCCGGGGCAACGGGUGAGCCUGGUGAUUCGCGCCGUAUCUGGCUCAUCAGCGAUGAUGCUGCUGUUCUUCGCGGUGCGCUCGGUGCCGCUGGCAGACGCCACGGUCAUCGCGUUCAGCAGCCCGGCCUUCACGGGCCUGCUCGCCUGCUGCUGUUUGCGCGAGCGCUGCCGGCCCUGGGAGCCUCCGCUCACCCUGCUGGCGCUCACCGGAGUUGUCCUCAUUGUGCGUCCACCCUUCAUCUUCGGCGACGGAGAUGGUGACGACUGGCUCUCGGAUUCUUCCUCAUCCUCGUCACGCCGACUCUGGGGCUCGCUGGCGGCGCUGGGCACGGCGCUGCUGUCGGCCGUCACUAUCGUGGUGCUGCGCCGCAUGGGCUCGGCGGUGAGCACCCUCGUCUCCACGUGGUUCUACAGCGUCAUCGGCCUGGGCCUGGCGCUGGCUGCACUGGCGGUGGUCUCGGCGCUCGACCCCGGGGCGGCGCCGGUGCUGCCGCCAUGCAACCCGCUGUGGCUGCGACCGGCUCUGCUCGCCUCUGGCCUGCUCGGCGUGGCGGCGCAGAUGCUGCUGAGCCGGGCACUGCAGUUGGAGCGUGCUGGGCCCGUGGCGCUGGUGCGCACCGUGGACGUGCUGCUGAGCCUCGCGUGGCAACAGCUGCUGUUUGGGGAGCAGGACGGCGCCGUGGGGGCCUGGACCUUGGCCGGCGCGGGCUGCGUGGUGACCGGCACGGCCGGCACGGCUGUCGCCAACCUGGUGUCGACUUCGCGCCAGCAGAAGGGGGAGAAGAAGAGGAUGAAGGAGAAGGAGAGAGAGAGUGUGAAAGAGAAAGAGGCAAUCGCAAUCAGCAGCCUGUAGCGCUGGUGGUGAGAGAGGAGGAGCCAGCAGCAGCGGUAGCAGCAUCACCAGCCUUAAUAGGUGCUCGCGAAAACGACUUGCCCUUUCAGCCUAUUUAGCCGACACAGGGGAUCUUUAUCAGUGAUAGAGAGACCUCGACAAUGACUUAAUUCAUUCUCAGGCAUGCAAGUUGUUGGCUGUGGCCCCAUGUCUCUGUGUCCCCAUGUCUCUGUCUCCCCGCAUAUGUGUCCCCAUGUCUCUCUGUCCCUGCGUCUCUGUGUCCCCAUAACACCAAGUGCCUUCACACUGCACUACCGCGUCGCUGUGGCCAUGAGCCACUUCACUGUGUUUGCGGUCGUCGCACACGACGCAAAUUUUCUGCCAUGACCACGACCAAUCUACCACUGGAUAAAGGCCUCCCUAAGCUGUUGGCCAUCUCUCAGGGUCCUGCGAUGUAGCAGUCCGCCCGUUGUCCUGGGCAAGCGCGCCGAGUCCGUCGCUCCGAGUUGGUGGCAGACAUCCUCCGGUGUAUGCCCUCCUCUGGCUGCUCUGCCGCGGCGUGUCCCGUCAGCAGUGGCACCACCGUGAUGCCGAGUUCCUAUCUAACCCAUGCGUGCCUCUUCCUCCUGUCUCUCACCCGACGUUAAUGGAGUUAUUAAGAUUUUUGGAAAAAAAAGUCUCACUUGAGAUCUCAACUCUUUUCAGAGAGGGUCUUGCUACAUUCGGGUAGCGGAGUGGUAUUGCUCGUGCCUCACAGCAAGAAGGGGUUUCGGAUUUCAUUCCUGGCCUGGGCUCCUGUCUGUGAGGAGUUUGUGUGUUCUGCCCCUGUUCUGUAGAGUGUGUGUGUGUGAUGUGUGCAGUAGUUAGCACCAACAUCGGUGACGGAUAUGUCAACCGGUUUCUGGAGCCUCACCUAGGUCGACUCAGCAUUAAAUGAUCACCUGGCGUGGUGUGUAAAAAUGUGCCGUGGCUUCAUAGGUACUUGCUUACAGCAUUUGCCCCGAAUUAGUUGAAGGCUACAUGGGGGAUCUUUGUCUUUGUGUGACCAUAAAUGCGUUACUCUGUUGACCCCGGGCGUCAUGCAAUGCGGUGCAACGGUUCCCGUGUAUGAGCCCCUCCUGAGAACCGACGCACUCCGAUGUAUAAGCUAGACCUAAGUGUGCACCUCACACUGGCCCUGCCAGCGCCAGACAGGGUGUGAGUGUGGCCAGGGCGUGAAGCAGUGGCGCAGUGGUUAGUGCGCUGCUCUAAGCACCGAACUACCAGAGUUGGCUACCCAUUCACAGCUAUUGUGAGUGGUGGUUUUUGGCAUCCCCUAGGUUAACUCAGCCUUAAGCAAAAUGAGUACCUGUUACCAUUGUGUACAAACAUCAGCAUUGGGGAGACAAUGGAGACCGAGCGUGGUGAUGCUGGCCCACACCCCCUCGUGUCUUAAUAGGUGCUCUCUAACUGCACUCGCCCCGUGAGCCUGUGUAGGCUACACGGGGGAUCUUUGUCUAUAUGUGUGUGUAAUGUGUGUUAUACACAGUGCCUUACAUUUUCCCUAACUUGUCUUGUUUUUAGCCAUCCUCGAUCCGAGGAUUGGCCGCACCAUGGGCAAUCCUUUUCCACUGAAUUCUGUCUUCCAUUAUCCUCAUUGUCUAUUUCAGCGUGAGCCUUGUCCAUGCUUUGAUGUUAUAUAUCCAUAUCAUCCUUCAUCUUCCUCGCUCACGUAAACCGGGUAUUGUGCUUUGCAUAAUCUGCUUUUCCAAACAAGUUCCAUUUUCACUAUGGGGACCUCAUUUGCCAGUAAAAAUAUGAUAAUUGGUUCUUUACCCUUCUAUCUGGCAACAAAACUGACACCUUUUUGCAAGGAGUCAUGUUUGCAUAGACCGCAAUACCUGCAGUCAUAAUACAAACAAAAGAACAUAACUCUGAUAAUGUGCACUGUCCUUGAAGUUGAUUGGUCCACACCCGAGACAGCUUUCCUUAGAGCCUAGUCUCAUAUGGGUUGGACCAGAUGACGCCAAAAGGCGCACAACUCAAGGACAAUGCACCAUCAGAGUAUGAGAGCUCGGGGCAAG